CCCAAGUGAAUCACAUAAAACUUAUUCAAAGAGCAACAAGGAGAGAAACACACAACACACCAACAGGUUGACUCUCCUCUCCCUACAAUUACAAAUAAGAAUAAUGGUUUCCCUAAAUUUGACCACCGCCAUAACUCUCCGACCGCCGGAACUCACAGACGGCGCCGGAAUUCGCUCAAACUCCGUCAGGUUCCCUCCGGCGAGUAAGAAGCCCAUCUCGAUUUCCUUUGCCGCCGCGUCAGUGGAUACGAUUCCUUCCCAGCCCGAAAUCGAACUCGAAUUCAUAGGGCCGAAGCCAGGAAACGACGGGUCGUAUCCGGUAGAGAGGGCCAAAGCGAUUAGUGGAGAGAAAUUGCUGAGGAACAUAAUGGCAGAUAACAAGAUUGAACUUUACGCCACGUAUGGGAAAGUGAUGAACUGUGGUGGUGGUGGAAGCUGUGGAACUUGUAUAGUAGAGAUUAUUGAUGGGAAGGAUCUUUUAAAUGAAAGAACCAACACUGAACUCAAAUAUUUGAAAAAGAAACCCGAAUCGUGGCGGCUUGCUUGUCAAACUAUUGUGGGAAAUAAAGAGAAUUCUGGAAAGGUUGUGGUUCAGAGGAUACCCCAGUGGAAGAAGUGAAUGAGAUUACCAUGUUUUUAAUCAAUUCAUUUUAUUGAAAAAAUAGAAAAAAAACCAUGACACAGAGCUCUGAUGCUUGCUCACAUAUGCCACUGGCCACUUCUUCGUCUUUCUACAUUCUAGAACAUAGAACUAGAUUUAUAAUGUCAUUUAAGUACAAUUGUAAGAAUUUCAAGUAACUGUAACUUGGAAGUUACUUAGCUGUGAGGAUCAGAAAGAAUAAUACAUUUGCUUGCUGUUAUGCUCUCA